GCCCGUGUCUACCGGAAGAGGUGAAAUCAUAUGGUAAAUUUGCCGGACUUCGUUCCGCGGAUCGAUUAUGACGGGUAUGGUUCGGUUGUCUCUGACGUCACUCUUGACCUAACCGUUGAUUUUUUGGACCAAUCAGAAUCGAGUAUUUAACACUGGCUCUUUCUAUAACGCUUCAGACGUUUUUCUUGCAAAUCAGUCGGCUGAGGAAACUGUCCUAUGAGCUUUACCAGGCUCACUUUACAUCAAUAUGUUUUAUCAGAGCUGAAGAGAGAGAGAGAGCUGACGAGGACAGGAGACAGAACGCCGACAGACGGACAGAAAGAAAGACAGCGGACAACAUGGAAGUGAGCUCAGCCAUGGAGAAGAUGUCGGUGAAGCAGACUGCAGUAGGCUCAGCUGCGUGUCUCGUUUGUAAGCAGAGGUGUUCUGGACUUCAGCCACAUUCUUGGAGAAGAGCUUGUAUUGCCUGUGGCUGCAGCACGGUCGACCACGCUCCAGGAACUGACGUUGAAGAUGACCAGCAGAUGGGACGCCUGCUCGCAGACUCGUCCUGCACCCAUCUAACGGCGAAGAUCAAAGGAGGAGGAGGCCUUCGCAUGUACAAGAGGAACCGUAUGAUCGUGACCAAUCCGGUGGUGUCGCGUAAAGACCCGACCUUCAACACCACGACGUAUGACUGGGCGCCGGCCGGCCUCAACCAGACACUGGCGAUGCAGUACAUGGAGCUCAUCCCUGAGAAACAGCGUCCAGUCUCAGGGACGUCUGGAGCGAUGGAGCGACGCAGGCAGCUCCUCAUUCAGCUCCCCGUCUACGACCUGGACCCCAUGAAGUGUCAGAGCCUGGCCAGUGAGGACGAGAUUUCCUCCAUGCUGCUGUUUGUGAAGCACUACAAACAGGAGGUCCUCGGGGUCGGGGAGGUGGCCUUACCUGGCGAGAGCAGAGCUCUGAGGGAAGCAGCCGUUCAGAGGAUGGCAAAGGAGGCUAAGGACCGCAGAACCAGCGACAGGAAGGAUUCUCUGGAGCACAACUCGACCGGUAACAGCAUUGCCCCGGCUGCUGGUCCGUCUAACGGGACAGAUGGCAGCGCUAAGACUGAAUAUAGUUGUACCAGCUGCCACGCUGAGGUUCCCAAGGAGAGUCCAGCUGUUUACUCUGAGCAUGCCGGUUACCAUAACGCCCUCUGGCAUCCCACCUGCUUCAAGUGUUCAGAGUGUGGCGAGGGAUUGGUGGACCUGGUGUACUUCUGGUCCAAUCAGAAGCUGUUCUGUGGAAGACACUACUGUCAGACGAUGUGGCCUCGGUGCUCAGGCUGCGAUGAGCUGAUCUUCUGUAAGUCAUUUCACACCUCAACGGACGGACGAACGUGGCAUCAUCAACACUACUGCUGCUGGAAGUGCGGGCAAAACCUGGAUACGCCCUGUCAGCACUGAGACACAUAAUAUGUAUUCACCGUAAUAUAGUCAUCAGAUUUAUAACAGGAUGUCUGGUAUCAACAAUGAUCGGUUAGAUUGUUUGAUUUUAAACAACAGAACAAAGUAUGAGAUAAAUUAGACGAGUAAGUAGAGUUUGAAGUGUUAAGUUGUAUUUGAAUUAAUCUCCAUUUAAUAUAUUGAUGUUUAAAAUACUUAAGAUGACGCUGAAGUACACGAAUACUUGAUCAGUUGAGCACGCUGGUGUUUGAAUUACUUUUGGAAAUGUUUAACCAACACUAAAAUGUUUAAAGUACUUGAGGACAUUUUGGAUUUUUAGCACUUGAAGUAGUGACCGUGAGUGGAGACAGAUAAUCUGGUUUCAGUCUGAGGUUUAGAUACAAACAGUAGUGACUGGAUGAAGGAGCAGAGCUGAUAAGAGUCAGAAACAUAUAAGUGAAGUGAUGUGAAAAUCAUUACUACAUAAAGAAGAUUCAAAUCAACAGUGACGUUUCAGACCAUGUUCCACUUACUACUUGGUCCUAGAUGUCCUCGUCAUUGUUUUAUUAAGCAGUGAAAAUUGUUAACUUAGGAAGAUCACUUUUGUCUUCGUUCAUCGUCGCCCUCUGAGUUUUUACACGUUCGUCAGCAGGGAAAGUUUCAAUGUCUCUUUAAGAUUUAUUUCAUCUUGCAGAUCUUUGCUUCUUGUAUGAAACCCUUUCAAGUACCUUGCACGUGUCUGUCCAAGACAGUGACUGGGGUGGCACAGGCUCCCCUUGAAAUCUGUUGGCCAUCCCUGGUGCCAGCCCAAAAUUGUAGUAGUUUUCUUUACAUUUAAAGCUUCAGUAAGGAGUUUUUAGUUGAUUUUCAAAUAGACUGAAAUUAAUCUGAAUGGCUCUAAACAAGCGCCAACCUCCGUUCUUAAAAUAUGAAGCCCAUGCGGAAGUGCUAAAAACUGCAGUUCAUCGAGCGUCCACUAGAGGCUGGCUGCAGAAAGACCAGAAAGCACAUACACACCCAUUCAAAAAAAAGACUAUCUUUACAGCAGAAAUAAACAUGUUUACAGCCUGGUUCAAAAAACGGAUUAGGUCUAAAUAGAUCAUUUCUCUAUCGGCACACACUGUACGGGCCGUGAAUUUAAAGAUGACUGACUUGAUUGACAGGCGGGAGCACUGUAGCUGUUAGCGAAAAGGCCCAAGCCCCGCCACUUUACCUCACACAAGCUCGACAAACGUUAGGUUGAGUUUAUCAUUUCCAAUAUGGAACCCGCCGACGAUUGGCUUCAGAAACAGAUGGGUGACGUCACGGAUACUACGUCCAUUAAUUAUACAGUCAAUGCCACUUUAUAACCUACAAAAGUAAAGAGACCAUCAGUGACAAGAUUAAUUUUACUGCUAGUAAACGUGUGGCAGGGUUGGUGUCAUACAAGCGUUUAACAGCAAGAUGCAGCUUUUGUUUACAUUUUUCACAACAAAUUCUAACAGUGAGUGAUGUUUAUGACUCUUUAAAGACAGCAGGAUAAUAUAUUAAUCGGAAAACACUAAACGUGAUCACUUAGCCCUAAAGGGGCGCCACAAUCAAGACAGACAGGAAGUUCCUCACAGGAGCUUUAAACGUAGCAAUUUUUCUGAUGUUAAUAUUUUACAUCGCAAAUUCAGACAUACAUUUUGUUUUAGUUAAAAUAAUGUUAACCAGAAUACAACAUCUAUGUGACAACUCAAUGUUAGUACUCAAAGUAGAUAUGAUCAGUGGAUGAUUUAUCUGUGUGUGUGCUAACGAAUACUUCAUGCCACCUCUGCAUAAAUCAGAGCCUUGGCUUCAAAGGCCAGAGAUGGUUUAACCCAAGACUGUACCUGCUGUGCUUUAUUCUCUGUACCCUUUAAAGUGUUCUGUCUUUGAAAGGACAUGAUGUGCUAACAAAGAAGACUGAGACUGUUUUGCAAUAAAGAAAUUGACUGUCUGUUUGAAACCUUAGAGAACUGGACAGGUAGCGUCUGGAACAGGCAUAUAACUAAUUAGUUACUAAUAUAAUAUUUCAGGAGUUUUUAUCUUCUCUCUACAGUUAUUUUAUAGCAGAUUCUAAGUACCUGCCUUUGAAAUUGGGUUGUGUUUUGUGUAACGAUUAUGAACAGAAAGUAUUAUUUAUACAUCAUUUUCUUCUCCUUUGUUGCGGCUUGAUGUGUAAUUUCUCAAUAAGUUUUUUGCAUUUCACUUCUUUCAUGGGUGAUCGCUGCUGUUUAACACUUAAUGACAUUUCUGACAAAGUUUGUGUUAACUAAUGCAGACUGUGAGGUAGGAGCUUCAUUAUGUCUGUAAGUCUGUUUUUACAAUGUGCUAAAAGCCCUAAACUGAUAUAAAAUCUGUGCCUGUCAUCAGCUACACUGCUAAACUUUUAUUCUAUGAAAUAAACUCCAAAUAAAAUCAACCAGCAUAACAUCA